AUGAUUCCUCCAAGCAACACUACUGAAGUCAGUGUGGAUAAUGUGGAGAAAGAAAAUGAACUGGAGAACACAGAUCAACCCCCCUCUCCAGCAUCUACUACCAGCCAGGAAUCAAAGCUCCAGAAACUGAAAAGAUCACUCUCUUUCAAGACCAAAAGCUUACGGAGUAAAAGCGCAGACAACUUUUUCCAGAGGACUAACAGUGACGUGAAAUUACAAGUUGAUUUGCUGCCUGAGGUGAGCACCAGCACCGGCCAGCUCCCCAGCUCAGAGAGCCAGACCUCCACACCCAUCAAACUCCAACAGCAGUCAGAAAGCAACCAGGUUCAUGUUUUCCAGGAGUACAUCUUCAAAAAACCCACCUUCUGUGAUGUCUGCAACCACAUGAUUGUUGGGACAAAUGCUAAACACGGACUGCGUUGUAAGGCUUGUAAGAUGAGCAUCCACCACAAGUGCAUAGACGGUAUUGGACAACAGCGUUGCAUGGGCAAACUGCCAAAGGGGUUUCGGCGUUACUACAGUUCCCCACUACUCAUUCAUGAACAGUUUGGCUGCAUCAAAGAAGUGAUGCCUAUUGCCUGUGGCAACAAAGUCGACCCUGUGUAUGAAACCCUCCGCUUUGGAACCUCCUUAGCACAGAAGACCAAGAGGAGCAGCUCUGGAAGUGGAUCUGAUUCACCCAAACGGAACUCUACUUCAGACCUGGCAGAAGUUCCUGAGGAAGCGGAUGGUUCAGGAAGCAUGUUUGAUAUAAACAGGAAACGCAGCAACAGUGUGUUUACCUACUCAGAAAAUGGAACAGAAGACUUUGGAGAAGAAUCAAAAAGGAUAAACUCCCUGGGACCUCUUUAUAAAGACACAUUACAAAUGCACACCUACGUUGCCUUGUACAAAUUUGUACCACAAGAGAAUGAAGACUUGGAGAUGAGACCAGGUGAUAUGAUCACACUGCUGGAGGAUUCUAAUGAAGACUGGUGGAAGGGGAGAAUUGAGGACAGAAUAGGAUUUUUUCCUGCUAAUUUUGUUCAGAGAGUGCAACAAGACGAAAAGAUUUUCAAGUGCGUCAGAACAUUUAUCGGAUGCAAGGAGCAAGGACAGAUUACUCUGAAAGAGAACCAAAUCUGCGUGACUUCUGAAAAGGAACAUGAUGGCUUUAUCAAAGUGUACUGUGGGAAGAAGAAAGGCUUUGUCCCCCUAGACGUCUUAGAAAUCAUCUGA